CCAUAUGCAGUAUCCGCAAAAGCAGGCCAUCAGACAUCUGCCGAAUCUUGGGGAACAGGACGUGCUGUUGCUCGUAUUCCGCGCGUUUCUGGCGGUGGUACUCAUCGCGCUGGGCAGGGUGCCUUUGGUAACAUGUGUCGUGGUGGCCGCAUGUUUGCUCCAACAAAAAUUUGGCGUAAAUGGCAUGUGAAAACCAACCUUAACCAAAAACGCUUUGCGACCGUCUCUGCUCUUGCUGCUUCCGCUGCCCCAGCUUUGGUCCUUGCGCGCGGACACAGAAUCGCAAGCGUUCCUGAAAUUCCUUUGGUGGUUGGUGAUGGUAUCGAAUCAUUGGCAAAGACCAAAGCCGCUGUUGCCGUUCUUAAAGCUAUCCACGCUUAUCGUGAUAUCGUAAAAGUAUCAAACUCGCGAAAGUUACGAGCCGGCAAAGGAAAGAUGCGUAACAGACGACAUCGUCAGCGACGGGGGCCUUUGAUUGUUUACAAUCAAGAUAACGGCAUUGUAAAAGCAUUUAGGAAUAUUCCUGGUGUUGAACUGGUUAAUGUGAGGCAUUUAAAUUUGUUACAACUGGCACCCGGUGGGCAUUUGGGACGAUUUGUUAUUUGGUCUUCUUCUGCUUUUGCGCUAUUGGAUGAGUUAUUUGGAACUUAUACGAAAGGUGCUUCUCUGAAGAAGGAUUAUUAUCUCCCCUCAAAUAUUAUCACCAAUUCAGAUGUAACCUCAAUCAUAAACAGCAAGGAGAUCCAGUCUGUACUCCGACCUGCUGGCGAGAAACAUCAAAAACGACCUUUUACACAAAAGAAAAACCCUCUUCGAAAUGUGGGCGUUCUUAUCCGUCUUAAUCCCUAUGCGAAAGUGUUGCGUCGAGCUGAGAUUCUGACCGCUGAGAGGC